AUGGACGGCGUUGCCAACUGUCGCAUAUAUGUUAUUCUGCGCACCAUAGCCGACAUCACUGAGGAGGACCUGAUGCUCUCAUGCUCGGACGACAAGACGGUGAAGGUGUGGAAGAUGCCAGUUGGUGGUGAUAGGCGGGCCACUGCAAACUUGCAGGACCGCAAGUUCCUCUGUUCUCUCGUUGGCCACUCCAAUUGGGUGCUUACAUGUGCUUUCUCGUCUGAUGCCACCUCAGCCGUGAGUGGCGGGGAGGAUCGAACUGUCAGAGUCUGGGAUAUUGAAACAAGAACCAACUUCGCCAGUUUUUACGACAACACUCUCUCGGUCCGUUCCGUCACCUUUUCACCCAUCACUCCACAGCUUGUCGGGGCUGCUGGUGAUGAUGGCUCCAUUAACUUCUGGGACACUAGAUUGCCAACAGGGAAACAGCUCGUACAAAGAUACGCCCCAGCCCACGAUCGCGGUUCGGUUCUCUCCAUCGCCCUUCGUCCCGACAACGGUCAUCUGUUGGCUUCUGGUGGUCGACAGGGGGACAUACGGCUCUGGGAUUUGCGAGAGGGACGUCGCAUCGCAUGCGUGGCCCAAGGGAAGGCUGAGGCGGCAACUCGUCUGCCACCUGUGAACAGUGUCCGAUGGUGUCAAGAUGUGAAUGGCCGCUACGAGUUGAUCAUCGGAUCUGCUGAUGGUCAGGUAUGA